AUGGAUUCAGAGUCCACCCCCCUCCUUGAAGAGGUGUCUAGGCAUGAAAAAAUCUACAAUCGAUUCUCCCCCAUUCAGAAGCGGACAAUUGUAGCUCUUGUAUCAUGGAGCGCUUUGGUCCCGAUGUUUGCAUCAGGAUCGUUUAUUCCUGCAAUACCUCAAAUCGCGCAUGAUAUGAACACAACGGGGACAACAAUUAGUUUUGCUGUCAGUCUGUCAAUAUUCGCUGCAUCACUGGGCGGGAUGGUAUUCGCGACAUACAGCAGUUUCUACGGCCGGCGGCCGGUAUAUCUUAUCGGCACCCCUCUGCUCACCCUUGGGUCCAUCGGCGUCGCGUUAUCGCGCAGUGUUCCAGAAAUGAUGGUGUGCCGCUUUAUCCAGGCAUUCGGAACUUCUGGCGGAAUGUCUGUAGGGGCAGCGGUGAUCGGUGAUAUCUACAAGCUGACGGAGCGCGGAACGGCAAUGGGCAUCUUCUUUGGGGCAACGCUCCUUGGCCCAGCACUGUCACCUCUGGCUGGAGGAUGGGGCGCACAUUACGCCUCUUGGCGAUGGACGCAGAUCGCCCUCGCUUUCGCCGGCUUCGCCGCGUUCAUGCUGAUGUUCUUCUUCCUUCCAGAGACGAGUCACCCGGGAUCCCGUGGCAUUGACAAGAUGCUUGAAGAAGAAGAUGCAAAACAGCGAAAAUGGGUUUGGUUGAACCCAUUCUCGCCUUUGGCACUUCUACGGAGCCCUAACCUAAUGCUUUCUACUCUUUCUGGAGCGGCUGUUCUGAUUACCGACUUUGCAUUAUUCAUACCCAUCGCAUAUACGAUUGGUGUCAAAUACAAUAUCACAAACGAAUUCAUUAUUGGAGCUUGCUUUGUGCCUGGAGGGCUAGGCAACAUUGUUGGCGCACCCCUCGCAGGGUAUCUCUCAGAUCGUGCCGUUAUCAUGUCUCGUAAAAAGUAUGGCGCAAAUUCCUGGAGACCAGAGGAGCGUUUAAGAGCCGCACUCAUCGGGACUCUCAUCCCUGUACCGCUAUCUGUCCUCUUCUCAGGGUUGAUAACACAAUACAUCGACGGUCCGCUUGGGCUCGUGCUGAACCUGCUGUGCUUCUUCAUCAACGGGGUUGGCGUCGAUAUGGCUUUGACGCCGGCGACUGCUUACGCGGUGGACAUAUUGCAUUCGCGGAGUGCGGAGAUUAUGGCAGCCUCGAUGGGCCUCAGGUCAGCGAUCCUUUCCGUGUCUGUCGCACUGGUAUUACCAUCGAUCAAGAGGUAUGGCGUGGCCGUUACUGACAGUAUUGCUGCUUUGAUCGGGUGGUCCGCAUUUGUGAUGGUGUGGGUGACGAUCCGGUACGGAAAGCGGAUGAGAGAGUGGGUAGACGUGGGCUAUUCAACAGCAACAGAUACAUAG